AUGGCAGACAAGAAAACCAUUCUACGCGAAGAAAAUGUAAAAUCCUCGAAAACAAAAGAAUAUCUAGAAAACCAGUUAAGCAUUAAACCAAGCAACACAAUGUUUAAGAAGCCUAGUUAUAUCGUGUACAACAACUUCUACAAAGAGGAAUUACCCAGGCGACUGAGCAUAAAAAGAGAAUAUAGCUUUUAUAACUACUGCUUCAUAAGCGUAUGCCUCAGUUUCAUAUUAGGAUUCAUAAUUGGCGUUCUUCUCAUGAGAUCGCAGUCAAAUACAAUCUUACUAAGUCCUAGAAGAAUAAACUCAACUUUAAGAUCACUCAAUUCAUUACCAAAAGAAACGAGAGAACUAGCAAUGUUAGAUAGAAAAGAAUUCUCGGCUGUGUCGUUUACGGGUGAUAGUUAUAAAUACAAAGAUAUAUACCCGAAAAGCCUAACGGAAGACAUGAAGGAAAUAUUAAAGGACAACAAAAAUAACCAUCACGAACAUAAAAUCCUUACUAUCAAUAGGACAGUACAUAUACCCAACGAUAACACCGUCCUAUAUAACAACAUUUACUGGGGCCCCGAAGUAGAAAAUUCUAUGCCCCAAGGCUACGGAGAAAACACUGCAGAAAUUUGGGAACAAUAUGUGGGCCAAAGCGAAGUCGAGAAGAUGGAAUCUGGUUGUGGUAGAAUGCAGAACCGCCUCGUCACUUUCAAAGACGGAAUCCAAGCUUGCGUUCGGUACAGGCAGAAUACUGACCAGAUACAGGGUGAGAUAUUUAGUUUCUACGUAGCUAGAUUGUUGAAUUUAACUAAUCUAGCGCCAUCCGUUGUUAAGAUCGUCGAUUUAAAAGAUAAAUUAUGGUCCAAUGUUGCGAAUGACAUCGCAACAGCACAAUGGAACACAAACAGAGCUGUGGUUUUGACUCAGUACAUUCCGAGCUUAGAAUCUGCGACGAUACCGGACAUAUUCAAACCGUCAAAUCGGCAUCUCAAUAAGAAAGACGUUCUGGAGAUCACAUCAAAAGAGAAAGAUACAGAUAGCAAACAAAUUCUACUAGAUAAACUAAAAGCGAAGAACAUUAAGACGAAGACAGAUAAAAAGGAAGACUUCGAUCACAUAGACAUGAAACUAAAUAAGAAGACGAUAGAACUGUUCGUAGAAUUAGCCCAAUGGUCGGAUUUAAUUAUUUUCGACUAUCUAACGGCGAAUUUAGAUAGAAUUGUAAAUAAUUUAUUCAAUUAUCAGUGGAACGUGAAUAUCAUGGAUGGUCCGGCGCACAAUUUGGCGCGCAAAAUGGACAGCGGGUUGCUAAUGUUCCUGGACAACGAGUCUGGUUUGUUGCACGGGUACAGGCUGUUGAAGAAAUACAAUGUGUACCAUAGUUUAAUGUUAGAUAAUCUGUGCGUGUUCAGGAAAAGGACAGUGGAUUCAUUGAAAGAGUUACGAGAUGUAUCUGUAGGUGCUAAGCUCAGUGAGAUGUUUCAUAAGAAAAAUAACGCUGUCAUAAGAGACAUUCUGCCUCCGUUGCCGGAGAAGAAUGCGAAGAUCCUGCAAGAGAGAAUAAAUAAGGUGCUGAGUCAAGUCGAGAAGUGUGACCAGAUGUUUAGUGGUAGAUAG